AUGCAGUCUUCCAAGAUCCACGGUCAUCCUGCUGAAGAGGCUUCUCCCCUCAAAGCCGCCCAGGUUCCCCAGAAAAAGUCCCACGAUCCGUGGGUUCACCUACUCGCCGGCGCGAGCGGCGGAUUCGCAACAGCAAUCGCAACAUCUCCCCUCGAUGUCCUCCGGACACGCCUCCAAUCCGACUUCUACCAACGUCCCCCUUCACCCUCCGCCUCGUCCCCGAAUCCUCCAAUCGUCGACCCAUCAAAGCACACUAGCCACAAGACCGCCCGAAUAAUCAGCAACAUCUACCGUGCCGAAGGAUGGCGAGCUUUCUUCCGCGGUCUCGGACCUAGUCUGGCCGGCGUGGUCCCGGCCACCGCAAUCAAAUUCUACGUCUACGGAAACUGCAAGCGCCUCGGAGCGCAAAUGCUCGGCCUCGGCGAAGACUCUACCCUCAUCCAUGCGCAGGCCGCUAUCUCCGCUGGUAUCGCGACCUCCACAGCAACGAACCCCAUCUGGCUCAUCAAGACACGGUUGCAGCUUGACAAGGCCCAGACAAGUACUGGCAAUCGCCGAUACAAGAACAGUCUGGACUGUCUGCGCCAGGUCAUUCGUCAUGAAGGUCUUGGUGGGCUAUACAAGGGUCUGAGCGCAAGUUAUCUCGGUGCCGCUGAGACGGCGUUGCAUCUUGUCCUGUAUGAGCGGUUGAAGGGUAUUCUGCACAAGUCUCUCGUCUCUCCCGAUGGAACGGAUACACCUACGCAAAAGGAAAUUACUAGCUGGAUCAGCACAACCGGUGCGGCGGGUUCUGCCAAGUUUGCUGCUGCUCUGAUUGCAUACCCGCAUGAGGUCAUUCGAACCCGCCUCCGUCAAGCCCCUCUCGAAAACGGCCGUCCCAAAUACACUGGUCUGGUGCAGUGCUUCCGACUCAUCGCUAAAGAAGAGGGUAUGGCUGGUCUCUACGGAGGUCUGACACCGCACAUGGUCCGCUCCAUCCCUUCAGCAAUCAUUACCCUCGGCGUUUACGAAUUUGUCCUCCGAUUUGUGGGCACCUCGGCAUGA